UGUAGAGAAUUUUCAAAAUUAAUUUUUGAAUGCAAUAUUUAUAGAUGAUUGAUUAUAUACAAAUCCAACAAAUUACGAAAUUAUCAAAGAAAACGACGUGUCAUACCUGGACAGAAUGGAACCGACAAAAACCAGCUUUUUUGGGUUUUGAACUUGUGGAACUCUUCGGCGUCUUCCUUAAAUCUCCCUUCGCAAAGAACUCAACUUUACAAAUGGGUUUUUAGCAGAGACAGGGAAACUGUAUAUAGAAGGAAGAACUAUGUAGCCUGAAGCUGCAAAAAGAGACGAGCUAGAGACUAGAGAGGCUGACUCUGUGACUUGCGACAUCUGAACUAGAAUUUUAUUUGGGUCCCAUAUAAUCGUGGGAGUUUAAAAACAAGACCCACUUUAGCUUACCGUGGGAGUGACAUUCAGCAUCUUUACAUACAUAUCCAAGUACAGAACUCACCUACCUUUCUUGUAACUCUAUAGACUUUUCUGUAUCUGCAAGAGAAAGUCAGAAAAGACGAGACAAUGGAUGAGAACAGAAUAAAAGUUUCUUUGCUUCAAAGUGACAACUCAAGUUGGAAUGUCUUUGGUGUUGAGAAUGAGCAAUUUGAGUCAAUGGUGAAGGGAGCAGAGAAUGAUUUAUCAUGUGGUAGCACAAGUUCUAGGAUUUAUGGUUUGCAAGUUAAGGACGAUGAUGAUUGGCCAAUGGUGGAGAAGAAAGGGAACCAGUUUGUGGUUAAUGGCCAACCCUUCUAUGUUAAUGGGUUCAAUACUUACUGGCUGAUGGUAUUCGCUGCUGAUCAAUCUACCAGGGGAAAGGUCAGUGAAGUGUUCCAACAAGCUUCUUCUGUGGGUCUAACAGUUUGUAGGACUUGGGCUUUUAACGAUGGCCAGUGGCGAGCUCUUCAGAAAUCUCCAUCAGUUUAUGAUGAGGAAGUUUUCCAGGCCCUAGAUUUUGUUGUAAGUGAAGCAAAGAAGUACAAGAUCAGGCUCAUAUUAACAUUAACCAACAACUGGGAGGCAUAUGGUGGCAAAUCACAAUAUGUUAAAUGGGGAAAAGCUGCUGGCCUUAAUUUGACUUCAGAUGAUGAAUUCUUCUCUCAUCCCACUCUCAGAAGCUACUAUAAGGCCCAUGUUAAGGCUGUGCUCAAUAGAGUCAAUACUUUCACAAACAUAACUUAUAAGAAUGACCCCACCAUUUUUGCUUGGGAAUUGAUGAAUGAGCCUCGAUGCACCUCAGACGCUUCUGGUAACACACUGCAGUCUUGGAUACAAGAAAUGGCAGUCUAUGUGAAGAGCCUGGAUGCGAAGCACCUGGUGGAGAUUGGAUUGGAAGGAUUUUAUGGUCCCUCGACCCCUGAUAGGGCUCAGUUUAAUCCAAAUUCAUAUGCUACACAAGUUGGAACUGACUUCAUAAGGAACCAUCAAGUUCUUGGUGUUGACUUUGCUUCUGUACACAUAUAUGCAGACUCUUGGAUUUCCCCAACAAUAUCUGAUGCUCAUAUCCAAUUCACCAAAUCAUGGAUGGAAGCCCACAUAGAGGAUGCUGAGAAAUAUCUGGGAAUGCCUGUUGUGUUUGCUGAGUUUGGUGUAUCUACAAAAGAUCCCGGCUACAACUCAUCAUACCGAGACACGCUUAUUACUACAGUGUACAAGACUCUCUUAAACUCAACAAAGAACGGAGGCAGUGGGGCUGGGAGUCUUUUGUGGCAGCUGUUCCCUGAUGGUACUGACUACAUGGAUGAUGGGUAUGCAAUUGUUCUUUCAAAAUCUCCUUCGACGUCAAACAUUAUAUCUCUUCAUUCAACAAGAGUUGCCAUCUUCAACCACUUGUGUUCUUGGAAAUGCCGUUGGGGUUGUAAGAAGAGAAAUUCUCUAGAGGCUUUCCUUUACCAUGAUGAUCUGUAAAAUAGUAUAUGGAAAAAUCUCUAAUAUGAAGAAAAAAGCAAAUAUGUAGUCAUCAUAAAAAUAUGUACCUGUUUGCUGCUGCAGAAAUAUGAAUACUAAAUGGAUAUUUAAAACAAAGCAAUUGAGCCAUGAGGGAGGAAAAAUAAGAGUGCCCAGUGCUG